AUGUUUCUGUUUUUAGAUUUUGCCACUUUAGUUUCACUCCCUAUCUCUUAUCACUUCCUCUUCACCGCCUUUGACUACCGCCUCCGUUUUUUUCUCUUCGUCUCUCGAUCGUUCUCUCUGAUUUCAAAUAACCUAUUUCCCUUUCUUGCCUGGGUUGUGUUUCCAGUCUGUUCUCUUUCUGCGUUUUCUGAAUCGAUUUCUAGGGUUUUCGCGAUUGCGAUAGGGGCUCUUAUUCAAGCUCUAAAGGAUUGGAAACGGAAACGAUGCACCGCCAUCAACAACAACUGGUGA